ACACAUGUUGAAAAUGUAGCUGUUGACAGCAACCUCUCCACCUCUUACCUGAGGGCACGCCCACUUCUACGUCAUCGUCUUACGUGUCCCGCCUUCUAAAACUUUACGUACGUACCGUAAUUGUUCUUUAGAUUGUUCUUUUGUCUGAUGAGAAGGCAAUUAUCUUCAUGAUGAGGGUAAAUCAAAGUUCAUGUUUAGAGCAAAGGUGAGGUUUUAAAAUGUACAAUUUAAGACAGAGAUGCAAGCUUUUUUAUAAGCAUUUCAACAGGUGUCUUGUAAAUACUGUUUUGUAAGUAAGCUAAGCAUGCAGCGUGUCAUCUCCCCAAGUCAAUCAAGAUUGGCCCCGCCCACCAGGUCGCGCCUCUCUGUAGAGCGGCUAACCGCGGUGUAGACUGUGACAGUUUCAGCGCAGAGACAGCGCUAGUGGAUGGUACACUGGAGAGUUUCCCGUUUAUGCCGCGCUACAGUGUGUUUCAGUCCGAGGAGGAUGGCGGAAUGACACCGCUCCGUUAACGUGAGAAGUGGACUCGAGGAUGCUGCUGGUUGUUGUGCCCCGGUGGACGGAGCGGCUUCCCGCCGCGCUGCCGCUGCUGCUCUCCGGCGUCCUGCUUCUCUCCGCCGUCACCGCGAGAACUCCCGGUAAAGAGACUUCCUUUCCUGAUCUCGAAGAACAAAUUGACUACCUGUCUUCAAUCAUUGCCAAGCAGCAAGUCUCAGAUGUCAGGCGUUCAGACUCUUCUAAGACAAGGAGUCAGUCCACACUGAAGAGUGCGUCUCACUUCACUACAGUAAAACCAGUCACACACAGUCCCUCCACCCCGACCCAGCAAACCCUCAAACCCCCUGUGGCUCAGACGAAAGCUCCGGGCCGUGGCAAACCCAUCAGCAUGACCUUUCCAGAAGACAGCCUGAUCGUUAUCAUGAUGUCUGCAUUCAUCAUUUUGGGGACGGUGGCUCUCAUCAUGGCUGCUGUCUGCUGGUUUCGGAUACAGAAGGAAAGCCAUUUAGCUCAGAAAGUGGAUUAUCCUGCAUUUCAGGCGGUGGGAAGCAGCUCCUCUAGCAGCAAUGCAUCAGGGGACAAGAAGCUCGCUCACAGUGCUCAGAUGUAUCACUACCAACAUCAGAAACAACAGAUGCUCUCGAUGGAAAAGCACAAAGUCGAACCUAAAGCCUCUGAACCUGGAGUCACGUCAGAAGAGGAAACUGAAGAAGGAGACUUCACUGUAUAUGAGUGUCCUGGACUUGCACCGACUGGGGAGAUGGAAGUGAAGAAUCCACUGUUUGACGACUCUAAUUUACAGAAUGGAAAGAAUCCCAACUGAUGAAUCCUUGCACAAAAAAAACUUACACUCAAGCUCAAUUUCAUUUUCGUUCAAGAGGAUACUACUUGCAUAGAAACAUAAAGUUCAUAGAAAAACACACACCCAAACUAAACAUAUCCAAUGCUGGACAAUGAUUCUCUGACUUUUAUUAGCUUAUUCAGCAUCCCUGUUUAUUAGUUUAGCUCCUCAAAAUAGGGAAGAACUAUUUAAACUAGAAACCAAAAGAGGAUGAAGACUGGAUGAAAAUAAAUGCAAAGAUUGAAAAUCAACUGUCCUUUCAAUUCACUUUUAAUGAACGCUGUGCACGCAGGCAACCUUGAGUUCAACAUCACGUUUCCUCAUCAUACUCUGCUUGUCAGUAAAUCAUUUCUAUGUUAUGUCUGUGUAGAAUAUGAUAUUAGGUUAAAUGCAUUUUUCUCUGCAUUUUAAGUUAUUUAUGUCUUUAUUGUGAAGCUGAUUCAUGAAUCAUUCACACAUAUUUUGAAUGGAUGUUUUUUUACACACAUUCACUAUCUUAUGUCAUGAAUGUAAACCAAUGAUAAACGUAGGUGUUUAGAAGGGAAGAUGAGGAAUGGGAAUCCCUAGGGAUCACACGAUAUUAUCAGGAUAUAUGUGACAAUUCGAUUCGUAUUGCGCUUUUGUAAGUAUUAUGAUUUUUCUAAAUACGUAAGAUGAUGAGCUGCGUAAACAGUUUAGAUUAACUGCAGCCUUUUACCACCUAAAAUGCAAAAAAUCUAUAAAUUUACAACAUUUAAAAAGAAAUAAAAAUUUCGGAGUCAGUGUGGCGAUGCAUGAAUUGCCGCGGGAAAGAAUCCGAUUCGCUACUAAAUCGAAUUGAAUUCAAAAAAAAAUUUCCUCCCAUCUGAACUUUCAAGUUUUAUGUCCCUUUUCAUGUAUGUAUGUAAAGCCCUUGAUUUUUUUUUUCUUUUACCUGUUUUUCUUUACCACUGUUGUCGUCUUCUUGUCCUCUCCCUCCCUCACUUCCCAAGAUUUGUCUCUUGACAUGUUCAGGUGAACAGAAGUGUUUUUUUAUUGUCUACAAGCAUCACUGAUGAGUCACAUAACUUAAAUUAUUAGUAAGAAUAAAUAAUCUUAUUUUAUUUGACUAAAUGUAAAUGUUACAUUGAACCCUGACAAGGAAAUGUGAUCUCAACAAAUACGAAUGUCUAAGAUAAAAUUGUUUAAUAUGUAUAAAAUGUUAUGACAUUUUGGAGGCACAGUGGCUUAUUGGUUAGCAUUUUGUAUUGCACCUCCAGGGUGUAGGUUCGAUUCCCAUCUCUGGUUUGUGUGCUUGGUGGGUUUCCUCCCACAGUCCAAAAACAUGCAGAUUACGCUAAUUUGCAUUUCCAAGUUGGCUUUAGUGUGUGUGCAAUUGGAGCCACGUCCAGGGUCUACCGUGCCACAUGUCCUAAGUCUCCUGGGUUAGGCUCCAGGCCCCCGCAACCCUGUAUACAGGAAAAGCAGUCUAGAUAAUGAAUGCGUGAGAAAAUAACAUUUUUACAAGGGAAAUUUUUACAUAGUCCUUAAAAACUUAAAGAAAAAACUAAACAUAUGCUUAAUAUAUUGUUUUAUUUUAUUAUUAAGCACUGUUGUUCUGCAGUAUGCUAGGACAGAUCUGAUUACACUUGUGUGGUGCUUAGGGUUAGGGUUAGCUGCUUGUCUCUUUGCAGGAUCCGUGUCCCAGUGAGCCCAGUAUCUCCUUUUUUAUCUGUUUAAAAUAAUUUGAUUUUAAAUAGUGUUGAUGAAGGGAGAAAGUUCAAGUGUACCCAUAUGAAUGAUGUGUGCUGUCACAUUUCUAGACUGAUAGCAUUAACAGUGUAAAAAUGAUGACUUAUUAUGUACACUUCUGGGUAGCACAAUUGACAAUUUCCUUAUUUUUACACACAAUUUCAGUGGAAGGACUCGCCUAUCUGACCACUUCUCAUUUUCAUAAACAUCAUCAUUUGAACAAGUAAUAGAAUCAGAAUCAGAUUUUAUCUGUCAUCUAUAACAGCGUACGUAACAUAGUUGAGUCAAUUGAUAUCCUCAGUGACAAUGAGCUAUUAUAGAUAAGUUUAUUUAUUUAUUUAUUUUAAUAAGAGAACCGUACAGUAUACCACAGUAUGUUUAAAAUGUUUGCCACAGUGAAGAAUGAGAUCAUGUAAUGUUACAAAAGAAUUAAAAGCCAGAAUCCUGUUAGUAAUUUAGUUGACCGAACUUUUUUGGAAAUGAAUAAAUCGAUAUCUUUAAAUUAUUGAAAUGGGAAAAUCAAUUAAUUAAAUUAUGUUUUACACCGCUUAUCCAGUAUCAGUCACAGGGGCCUGGAGAAGACUUGGGCCAUGAGGUAGCGUACAGCCUGAACAAUCCAUCACAUGACAUAUGCAGUGGGAGAACCCAGAGGAAAAUCACAGAGCACAGGCAGAACAUGCAAACGCUACACAUGAGGGUGGGAAUCGAACCCUGGAGGUGCGAGGCCACAGUGUUAACCACUAUGCCAUCAUGCUGCCAAGAAAAUCAGUUUCAAAAAUAUUUAGACUUUUGGAACAAAUCUUAAAAUGAUUGUUUACUCGUGGGUUUUAGUCAUUAUUUAAACUGCAAAAGCAGACAUGGCACAAAUGGUCAAUUUGA